GAGAGGAGACACGGCCAGAUGGAGCACAGGGAAAACAGACUACACAAAGUAGUACUUAUUGGUAUGUUUUUUAUGAUCAAAUAGAGUGAGAAGAAAGUGUGUGCUUCUGUGACUCAAGUUGGAAGAAGUAGGUUUAUUUUGUCCACUGAUGACCCCUCCUCACCCCCAAGAUGGGAAAGAAAUGUGGUCAGGAAUUGAAAAUGAGGACUAACGUUAACAAGUGCAGUUUGUUUUAUAUGAAGAUGUCAGCCUGAGAGAAUUUCACUACCAGAUGACAGGACACAGCAAAAUGGGACACCCCAAUGUAUCGGCCUCACACACCUAUGCACGCCUGCACAAGGACAGACGCAGAUCCAGUCAGCUGCAGCCCUACACACCCAACGAUAAUCUGAACAAUGCCCUGGGUGCCAUCCGAGUCCUCGGCAUAGAGCUGAUUGAAGAUGAGCUUAAACCACACCUCAAUACUGUGCUGAUCAGCAUAAAGGAGAGGAAGAAAGGCGCUCCUGAGCAGGUGGUGAUCAGUGGAAUUCUACCGAUCCUGGCCCUGUCACUGAGGAGCAGAGGGCCUCUCACCAUCCUCACUGCAAAACUAGUAGCCGAGCUCGCCAAGGAAUCUAUGGUUCGUAAAGGGUUCGUUGAUUCGGGUUUGGUUACUGCUCUGCUGUCUGUGCUGACGAGUGCAGAUCAAGAACUGUUACUUCACUCUGCGCGGGCCAUCUCACACAUGACAUAUGACAGCCCUAAGUUACAGGAGCAGUUGCUCCGUCGUGGUGUGGUGCCUCGCCUUGUCGCCAUCCUGCUCCGUUUUUCAGAGCGGGAGGCCCUGGAGGAGGUCUGCCUUCAGGCCCUGUGUAACCUCAGUGGAAUGGCCAUAGCAGAGGAGACGGGGAUGGUGUGGGAGAGGGGGGUGUCUGUGAGGCCGGGGGAGUUGGUGUUUCACGGCAUCUCUCCUCACACCUGUGGGUUUGCUUCGUCUGUGACACUGGUGCGUGUGUGUCAGUGGGCGCCCGGUCAGUAUGCCGUCAACAUCGAGGUGUUCCAACGCUGCUCCACCUCCUUCUGGAACCUUCACGGGAACCAGCGGUCUGCGCAAAAGUCCCCCUUUUCUGGUCUGGGAACUGGUUCAAACCUGUACAAAGUGAUCAAGUAUUCUGCAAGGAACGUACCUCGAACCAAAAGUCUGAAGACUCGUGUGUUCCACACUUUCCUGUGACGGCUUGAAACCUUUAGACGUGGAACCAAAUCCAACAACUGAAAUAGAUUCUAAACUUUUCUAAUUCUGACUCUAAACCCAGAACCUAAUCUUUAAAACACGCUUCGCUUUGUUAGAGCGACAUUUGUCAUAUGUGUCAAAAUUGUGUCUGUUUUUUUUUUCUCUCACUUUGUUUAAUAGUUUUUGUUACAAUUCUUCACUGAGUUCUUAAAAUUUAAAGACAUGAGAUUCACUGAAAGCUGCUUUCCUUAAGUGUGUAAAACACUUGCAACCACUUUAUAUCACAUUUUUCAGUUUGAAUGGAAUCAUUUGGUCUUUCAUGUUAAUAUUCAGAAUCAUUUGUUCAAUCACAUAUGUUUUAUGCCAGGCAGCAUUUUUUUCUACACUGCACAUCUAAUUGAUUAUUUUUAUGUAUAGCUCAUUUGAUUGUACCACAAUAUUUGUAUUAUUUGAAUAUCUUUACUGUGAAUAAUAAAAUACAUUUACCUUCAGUU